AUUGAGAUCCCAUAAAUAAAACACCAUCCAUGGAUUCCUUUAUGACGAUAGGAUAGACAAAUUCAAAAUUAUUUCGAAAUCUACCAGGAAGUAUGGUCAAACUGGUGAAAAUGGCAACCAAUCUUAAAAGUCCAAUCGAAGGUUCGGCCAUUUGUCAUAAGCCGGACUGGAUCCCAUCCAUUAAAGACACAUUUCCUUGAAUCUUCCGAUCACAAAUUCAUCAAUACGGCCACUCUAUAUCUCUGUAGAUUUGUGUUCUCAAAGACCAAGCUCCUAAAUUUUGUGGGUCGUUGUUCAAUGCGAAUUUGAAGCCACUCGCUCAAAUUUUGUAUAAUCAACUGCAAUUGUUGAGAUGGGCUAGUGCCGUGGCCUUUUAUUGGGUAUCUACUUUAACCUCAAUUUCAAUUGAAAUGGAGGUGUACCGCAAGAGUAAUAUGGGAAUGGCCGGCUGGCCGGCACAUGUGUAACUGUUAUAGUUUUUUGGUUUUUAUUUUUUCUCAUUUACCCCGAUUCGAAACCGCUAUCUGCUGGCAGAUAAACCCAAUUUUACCACAGGACCUCUGGUUCUCUGCUUUUUAUGAAACAUGGGGAAUUGCUGCACAUCUAGUGGUGACAAGAACAGUAAGAAGAACAGGAAGAAGAAGAAGAAUAUCAAGCCUGCGAUUGCAGGCCGCCAUGGCAACAAUAAUAAGCCAAUUUCUGUGUUAAAAGGGUGCUCGCAGCAGAGCAUUGAGGAGAGAUAUGAAUUGGGCAAAUUGCUUGGUCAAGGGGAAUUUGGAAUCACCUACUUUUGUACAGAUAAAGAGACUAAGGAAUUAUUGGCCUGUAAAUCCAUCUCCAAAAGCAAGUUGAAGAGUACGGUCGAUAUUGAAGAUGUACGAAGAGAAGUGGCGAUCAUGAAGCAUUUGCCCAAGCAUUCCAACAUUGUUUGUUUAAAGACAGCUUGUGAAGAUGAGAAGGAUGUUCAUUUGGUCAUGGAGCUCUGUGAGGGUGGGGAGCUCUUUGACCGGAUUGUUGCUAGAGGUCAUUAUACCGAGCGUGAUGCUGCUUUACUAACACGAACAAUUGUCGAAGUUGUGCAGCUCUGCCACCAACAUGGUGUGAUCCACAGGGACCUUAAACCAGAGAAUUUCCUGUUUGCAAACGAAAAAGAGAAUUCACCACUGAAGGCUAUUGAUUUUGGAUUGUCUGUUUUUUUCAAGCCUGGAGAUAGAUUUUCUGAGCUAGUUGGUAGUCCAUACUACAUGGCUCCAGAGGUGCUAAAGCGCAAUUAUGGUCCCGAAGUAGAUGUGUGGAGUGCUGGUGUCAUCUUGUACAUUUUGUUGUGUGGAGUGCCACCAUUUUAUGAUGAAACAGAGACAGGCGUUGCUCAUGCCAUCAUUCGUGGUGAUCCAGACUUUAAAAGAGAUCCAUGGCCACAAAUUUCUGAAAAUGCAAAGAAUUUGGUACGGCAGAUGCUAGAGCCUGAUCCCAACUCUCGCUUAACAGCUCAGCAAGUGCUUGACCAUCCUUGGUUACAGAAUGCCAAAAAGGCUCCAAAUAUUCCCCUUGGUGAUGUAGUGAAGACAAGGCUUACACAAUUUUCUAUGAUGAACAAGUUCAAAAAGAGAGCUUUAAGGGUCAUGGCUGAACACUUAUCCGUUGAAGAAGCGAAGAGCAUUAAAGAUAUGUUUCAGACAAUGGACACUGAUAACAGUGGCACACUAUCAUAUGAGAAGAUGAAGGAAGGCCUCCAUAAUCUUGGUUAUCAGAUGGCUGACUCAGAAGUGCAAAUAUUAAUUGAUGCUGCAGAUGCUGAUGGCAAUGGCACCCUAGAUUAUGGAGAAUUUGUUGCUGCUUCAAUUCAUUUUCAGGGAAUGGAAAAUGAUGAUUACUUGCGUAAAGCAUUUCAAUACUUUGACAGUAAUGGCAGUGGAUACAUUGAAAUUGAGGAGUUUAAAGAAGCCUUAGCUAAUGACUAUGGUUCAAAUAACGCAGAUGUAGUCAAUGACAUUUUUCACGAAGUGGAUGUAGAUAAGGAUGGGCGCAUUAGUUAUGAGGAGUUUGCAUUGAUGAUGAAAACUGGCACAGACUGGAGGAAAGCAUCUAGGCAGUAUUCACGAGGGAGGUUUAACAAUCUUAGCCUAAAAUUGAUGAAGGAUGGUUCAUUGUUGCAUAAAUAAAAAAAUGAAAAGAGAUAAUUGUCUCUGGGGAAUCUAUUUUAUCAAUGUUAAUUGUUCAGGAAUCCAAGGGAAAAUCUUAUGAAGGCUAUAAAAAAUUAUCAUCAUUUUGUCACAAUUCUCUCAUCUUCAAGAUGGUGGUAUCUCUGUUUCAUAGCUUGUAGAAUAAAGCUGGGUUGAUGUAAUGUUAUAAUGAGUUAUUCUUCAUUUCUCCAAUGCAACCAGGUUUGAGUAAGAAUGCUUUGAACUUUUGAUUAUGGAUAUUCAUGCCUUGAACUGUUAAUGGUAAGCUUCCUGUUUAAUGUCAA